AUGAAGUCAGGCCUGACGGAUCCAUCACCCAAGAAAGCCGCAACGCAUACUGUGGCUGGGCCUCUUGGCGCAGUUGUUCGGCAUGAUCUUAUUCCCGAUCAACGAACAAGCAUUGCAGAGCCCAACGAAAUCCUGGACAAAAUUACCCAUACUGCGACCGAACCCUUGCUAGCUCGACUCCCUUUUGAAAUUCGCGAGUUCAUUGGAGAAUACCUCGUCAGAUUUUACUGCACGGCGGCGACUCAACUGCUACCCCUUGGUGAGCCCGGCUCGAUGUCAAUUUCCAUCUCUUCAUGUAUCUGGGCCCAAUACAUCAAGGUGCACGGAAGGACCUAUCUUUCUCGCCUCUCAAACAGACCCGAGAAGAAGAGGGGCGUCGUGUCCGUCCUCAUUCACUGCCCUGGCAAGCCGGCAUCAAAUGUCAUUUAUGUCGCCUCUGAUCCUUGGGGUAUCAGAAAGGUUCUGUUCACACCAGACGCUGCACAGGUUUCCGCCGAGGCGCGAGAAAAUAUUUGGUGGGAGGCCAUUCCCCUUGAACUCGUCUCCGAUACGCUGAUUACCACCAGUGAUGGAUUGAAGCUUCGGACCAUUAAAUGUCCCAAGUCCCUUGUGCGGGCGUUGACUCGUUUACCAGCGCGGCAACUUAAAGUUUGGAUGCCGAAAGACAUGCUCCCUCGCAUACAGAUGGAUCCUCUACGCAUCAACGAUGCCAGGACGACUGGCUACUACACCAGCCUCGCAGGCGAUACUGUGGCAAUAUGGGCGCAUCAAUCAGGUUGCGGUGCUUCAUUGCCCAUGUCGCGGCGUAAAGCAGCUGUGCAUCUGUUCACUCCAAUGAAUGCCGGGGAAUGGGUGAGCCAAAUCUGGGCCCGGUUCCGCUUGGAGACUCCGAUAACAACGUCGGCCCUGAUCUUUAUCAUGAAUACCGGGCAAGUCCACGUCAUGGGCGAACACCCAUACCAGUUCUCGGAGCGCGAUUACUGGUACGAGUGGCUCAUGACUCUAGAAAAUGAACCUGCAACUCUCCAUCUCGACCUCACCGAUGGUCUGCAGGGAAUAGGAACAUGCAAUGUAGCCAGACCAAAGUGUACGGUGAAGGUGGCUGUGGAAACGCUUCUGCCAAGGCCUCGAUCGUCACAUCCCGCCGCGGCUUCGGACGAGCUAUUCUACUACUCCAGGGCUCGCCUCGAAAACGUAGUACAGGUUCGUUUGUGCCGCGAGGAAAAUUUCAUCAUCGGCAUCAUGCUAUGUUACCAAGAUGGGGCCUGUGCUUGCCUCGGACGUGUAGUCCCUGGCCAGAUUGACCAUUGGCAGUCUGUUGAUGGCUGUGGUAUCUGGUUCCUGAUGGAACAAGUCGACGACUAUCCGCAAGUUGUCCGGGUCGAAUUCAGUGCGCCACGUUGGGACGCUCGCAAGUACCUUUUCGUGGGCUGGCGUGGCGAGCUGGAGUGGUGGUCUGGCAUUCGUCAAUGCGAGCUGCAUUAUCACAGCCCGUUGCACUAA